UCUCUCCCUCAGCAAAUAUGGACCACAUCGACAUGCAGCAGCUCAAAUCUGGUGAGGUCAACCUUGGGACUUCAAUCAUGGCCGUCCAAUUCGACGGUGGAGUGGUCAUCGGCGCAGACAGUCGUACGACCACAGGAAGCUAUAUUGCCAACCGGGUAACAGAUAAGCUCACACACGUCCACGAUCGUGUAUACUGCUGUCGGUCAGGUUCUGCGGCGGACACACAGGCUGUCGCAGAUGUCGUGCAUCUUCACCUUCAAAUGUAUACCCAAACGGCAGGCGCUCCUCCGUCAGUGCACGCAGCAGCGGCUAUCUUCCAGAAGUUCUGCUACGAAAAUAAGGACGCUCUAAGUGCAGGAAUCAUUGUUGCUGGAUGGGACAAGGAGGUCGGUCCCAGCGUCUAUAAUAUUCCUCUUGGAGGUGGACUGUUCCGCCAGCCCUGGGCUAUUGGUGGCUCUGGUUCAACAUACGUAUAUGGUUAUUGCGAUGCAACGUACCAAGAGGGAUGGGGCCGAGACGAGACUGUGAAUUUUGUCAAGAACACUUUGGCGCUCGCCAUGUCGCGAGACGGUUCCUCGGGUGGUGUAAUACGGAUGUGUGUCAUCACAGAGGAUGGUGUUGAGCGACUAUUCGUGCCUGGUGAUAAGCUUCCCAAGUUCUGGGAAGGCCGAGAGGUCUUAGGUGCUGGAAAGACGAUACCUAUUGACAGUGGAGCUGUGCCAAUGGCCGUAGAGGCAUGAAUGCAUGAAGUCUGGCAAUUACAAUUUUUUUGUACUCAAUUUAUUUGAGUGGCUACUCGAGUACAUCGACUGAGCGGUACUUCCGACGUAAAACCCAGUGGCUACUCUCGUCCCAAUCCGUUCCUUCUUCGAACAUCCUCAGUCGCCAGAGGGCCACAGCAAUGGCAGCUGAGUCACCCCUCUUGAUUGUCUCAUCAUCAGAGUAGAGAAGAAAUGCGUGGCUCCCUUUUUGAUCGCCCUUAGCGCUUUUCAUGCUAGUCAAGCUGUUUGCUUCAGCUCUCACAGCGCUGGAUCGGGCCCGGCGUUCGAUGGUCAGAAUUCGAAGGAGCAAAGCAUGCAAUGAUGCACGCUGAGGCCGGGCGGGAAACAAAGAAACACCAUUAUAGAAUGGCACCUGCGGACCAGAAAGCUGCUGCGACAGAUCUGCCGCAGUGAUC